UUUGGUCACAAUCUUCACUCCACCCUCUAUAACAAUCUUUUUUUGUGUCAAAUCUGAUAUUUUGGAGAGCUUUGAACUUCACUUUCUUAGUACACACACACACACACACACUUUCCAUGGCAUUGGGUCUUGUUUUCCCAAGUUUUAUGCAAAUUCACCAACCUCUUUCACUCUGCAGUUUCAACUCCUCAACGGUCAGAAAAACUGUUUUGGCGCGAAACUCCAACGGUCAAGAGCCAUCUUCCACUGGUUCUAUUGCUGUCAAAGAAAAGAAAGCUUUCCCAGGGAAGCCGGAGGCCGAUGUUGUUGUAAUUGGGAGUGGUAUUGCUGGACUGUGCUGUGCCGGGCUUUUGGCUAGGUAUGGACAAGAUGUUCUUGUAUUAGAAAGUCAUGAUCUACCUGGAGGCGCAGCUCACUCGUUUGAGAUCAAAGGCUACAAAUUUGACUCUGGCCCAUCUUUGUUCUCUGGUUUUCAAUCAAGAGGUCCUCAGGCCAAUCCUCUUGCACAAGUUUUGGAUGCAUUGGGUGUGUCUCUGCCAUGUGUCAAAUAUGAUUCAUGGAUGGUCUACAUACCUGAAGGUGAAUUCUUGUCACGCAUUGGUCCCACAGAAUUUUUCAAGGACCUUGAGAAGUAUGGAACUCCCAAUGCUGCUCAAGAGUGGCAAAAACUUCUUGAUGCAAUUCUUCCAAUGUCUGCUGCUGCAAUGGCUCUGCCUCCUCUAUCUAUCAGAGGUGAUUUUGGAGUUCUUUCCACUGCUGCUGCAAGAUAUGCCCCAUCUCUCUUGAAAUCUUUUGUCCAAAUGGGACCACAGGGAGCUCUUGGUGCUACAAAGCUUCUUAGACCAUUUUCAGAGGUCAUUGACUCAUUGGAGCUAAAAGACCCUUUUAUACGGAAUUGGGUGGACCUACUGUCUUUCUUGCUGGCUGGGGUGAAAACAAAUGGUAUACUUUCAGCAGAGAUGGUUUACAUGUUUUCUGAAUGGUACAAGCCUGGUAGCUGUCUUGAAUACCCUCUUCAUGGAACUGGGGCUGUUGUUGAUGCCCUUGUCCAAGGAAUGAAGAAGUUUGGUGGACGGCUCUCUCUAGGAAGUCAUGUGGAAAAGAUUGUUAUUGAAAAUGACCGAGCUAGUGGAGUCAAGCUAAGAAGUGGUCAAUUCGUGCGAGCUAAAAAGGCUGUCAUAAGCAAUGCAAGUAUGUGGGACACUUUGAAGCUGUUACCUAAGGAAGUUGUUCCAAAGUCAUACCUGGACAGGGUUAACACAACCCCACAAUGUGAAUCAUUCAUGCAUCUUCAUUUGGGAUUUGAUGCAGAGGGUAUACGCGAGGACUUGGGAAUUCAUCAUAUAGUUGUAAAUGAUUGGGAGAGAGGAGUUGAUGCUGAUCAGAAUGUUGUUUUGAUAUCUAUACCAAGUGUACUUAGUCCAGAUCUAGCACCCCCUGGGAAGCAUGUGUUACAUGCUUACUUGCCGGGAACUGAACCCUUUGGACUGUGGGAAGGACUUGAUCGUAGAAGCACUGAAUACAAAAAUCUAAAAGCAGAAAGAUCAGAGGUCAUGUGGAGAGCUGUGGAGCGUGCAAUUGGUGCUGAUUUCAGCCGUGAUAAGUGUGAGGUGAAGUUAGUUGGAACUCCAUUGACACAUCAAAGGUUUCUUCGAAGGAAUAGAGGAACAUAUGGCCCAGCUAUAGAAGCUGGCAAAAACUCCUUCCCGGGGCAUUCAACUCCCAUCCCUCAGCUUUACUGUUGUGGAGAUUCUACUUUUCCCGGAAUUGGUGUCCCUGCAGUUGCUGCUAGUGGUGCAAUUGUGGCCAAUUCACUAGUUUCUGUGUCUCAACACUCCCAACUUCUUGAUGCGAUUGGUAUUUGAAUGUAUUGUUCUUUCUUUUCUUACUUCACGUCAAAUUUUGCCAUUAUUUGGGUGUAUCUUCUUUGAUGUUAUUCCCUCAGCAUUAACUGUUCUUUUUUCCCCCAGAGCAUUUUGAUAAAUAUUGUAAUGUACUAUCACACAUACUGAGUGGUUGAGUUUGGAUUUGUCACAUAUAAAAAGGAAAUAUCAAAAAGAAGUUAUAUUUACAAGAAA